AUGAAACAAGUAUAUUUUAUGAAAACCAAGGUGAAAUCAGAAUAAUAGGAGCUCAUUGGGAGCUCGUAACUUAUAUACCGUUAAGCGAUUAUGAUUUAAGACAUUAUCAAUUAGAAUUAGAAAUAAGAAAUAUGGACGAGCAUUGUAAGGGAAAUAUGACCGAUCGGGAGAUGUGCUCAAAAUACGAUAAUGUAUUAAAAAACUUUUAAUGAAAUAUCCGUCCAACGGAAACAAAUGUAUGAAUCUAUUGGUAGAUAUUUGUCACCAGGGGAACACACCACCAUACGUAGUGCUAGAGUGAAAAGAGGGUUAGUAAAUAUGAUAGGUUCGGCAAUGAAAACCUUAUUCGGAGUUUGUGAUGAGGAAUGUGCGGAGGAAACUUUACGACACAUAGACAAAGUCGAAGGUACCAAUGAACGUAUGAUACAUGUUAUAAAAGACCAGACCACUGUAGUCAAAUCUUCAAUAGUAGGAAUAAACAGUGCUUCAACUAAACUAAACCAGUUAUAUGACGAGUUAAAACAAAAGCAACUAAGUUUAGAAACAAACAUAAAAGCUUUAAUAAACAAUACGUAUACUUUAGAAACCUUGUUACUGUCAAAUAGAAUUUUUAGUAUAUUUACAGCAUUAAUGACACAAUACUCUUACGAAACCCAAACUUUAAGUGCCAUAAUAACCGCGGCUAGGACAGGUGUUUUACACCCAAGCUUAGUAACACCGCGAGAACUUGCAGCACAACUAGUAGAAGUAAAACUAAACCUACCACUUAACUUGAAUUUACCAAUGGGAACAUUGCCAAGCGAAAUACACGAAUUUACAAAAAUAACUAAAAUUGCAGUAUUUUAUAGUGGUGAUCAAAUAGUAUUUUCUGAUAAAAAUACCGUUGAUAACGGAAACUCAAUUAACUUUAUUUAAAAUCAUACCUAUACCACAUCCUGUAGACAUUGAUCGACCGGAUAACAAAUCACAUAGUAUUGUAUUGAAACCAGAAUACCAA